UUCAAGGUUGACCAUCUAACCUGUUUGCUGAAUUAUGUCACGACGAUCAGAUCCGCUUGAUUGUAAAGUGUAUGUUGGAGGCUUACCACAAGAUGCUACAUCUCAGGAGCUUGAGGAUGCAUUCAAUCGUUUUGGCCGCAUACGUAAGGUUUGGGUUGCCCGACGUCCACCAGGGUUUGCUUUUGUGGAAUUUGAAGAUGCCCGAGAUGCUGAGGAUGCUGUAAAAGCUUUGGAUGGGACAAGAAUCUGUGGCGUACGCGCUCGGGUGGAAAUUUCACAUGGUCGUCGACGAAAUGGUGGUUAUGGCGGAGGUGGGGGUGGCGGAGGUGGCGGUUAUUAUGAAGGUAGUCGGCGGCGUUCAAGGUAUUUGGAAGCGAAAAGAGUAAGUUAUUUUACCCCAUCCGUGCGGUUACCACUACUACUGUUACCACAUCCAUUGCUACUACUACUACUACUACUACUACCACUACUACCAGUAAUGGUAGCAUUACCACUAUCACAACUCAUCUCAACAUCAACACCUGUUUCAUCUGCUUUGCAGCAACUACUGUCAAUUCUACUGUUGCCUAACGAACAUCUUCAUAAAAGCAUCACGACUUUUCCAUCACUUCAUCGAUCUUCAUCGCCUACAUGAUUCUUUGCAACAAAAAUGCAGCAGUAGAAAAUUUCCUGCAUGAAGUAGGAAAUCUUGAGGCUAUACAGAUGGUUCACAGUCUCAAUGAGACAUGAACGAAGGUACAUCCCUCCGUAAUUCUACCCACCCAAUGCUUCAAUACAGCCAAGCGCUCACAUUUUUCUGCCAUCUCAAGAAAAUCAAAAUAGUUUAUGUUGAAAAGAAAAGAAUGCGUCAGAACAGCUUCCUUUUUCAACAUUACUAUUUCAUAUCAAACAACAUUCAUUACCAUCAUCGUCCUAAUCGUUAUCAGUACUGUCAUUAUCAUGGUUGUUAAUCAUGAUCAUAAUUAAUUA